UUUAGAGCAUUGAAACUUUCACAGAGGAUAAAAGAAGAAUAUGAAGAUACAAGGAUGGGAUAUAUCAGUCUAAAACAUAUUGGAAAUCAAAUAGAUGUUGGUCAGAACAUUACCUUUAGAGUGAAAUAUAACAAGAAAGGAAAUGAUAAACCAGGAGGAAUGGCCAUAAAUUUUAGACAACGAAUGGGCGAAGGGAACGAUAUCAUUCUGCAUUUCAAUCCAAUUGCAAGACAUCCGUCAUAUCAAAUAGUUUUGAACUCUUUCGUUAAUGGAAUAUGGCAAAAAGAAGUUUCCACUGGUGCAAAUCCGGCGGUAUUUUCAGAUGAGUUUACGUUAUCAUUGGACAUCAAAGAUACAAGAACUGUCUUGGUUAGAGUCCAAGGCGGAAUACUGACGACUUAUACCUGCCCCGUAGAUAUAACCGAUACAGAAUUCAUAGGGUUCUCUCCUGAUUACAGGAUUACUGAGGAAAAUUGACAAUUGACAAACUUGUAGUUAUUAA